UUCUCGUGCUGGUGGGGGAGGUGAUUGGCUGGCUGCGGGAAGCUGCUUCCUUUCCCUUUGGAGAUGAUUGUGCUAUUCUCUUUUGCCUUGCUCUGGAUGGUGGAAGGAGUCUUUUCCCAGCUUCACUACACGGUGCAGGAGGAGCAGGAACAUGGCACUUUCGUGGGUAAUAUCGCGGAAGAUCUGGGCCUGGACAUUACAAAACUUUCGGCUCGCAGGUUUCAGACGGUGCCCAACUCUCGGACCCCAUACUUGGACCUCAACCUGGAGACCGGGGUGCUGUACGUGAACGAGAAGAUCGACCGGGAGCAAAUCUGCAAGCAGAGCCCCUCCUGCGUCCUGCACCUGGAGGUGUUCCUGGAGAACCCCCUGGAGCUGUUCCGGGUGGAGAUCGAGGUGCUGGACAUCAACGACAACCCCCCCUCCUUCCCGGAGCCGGACCUGACCGUGGAGAUCUCCGAGAGCGCCACGCCGGGCACCCGCUUCCCUUUGGAGAGCGCCUUCGACCCGGACGUCGGCACCAACUCCCUGCGCGACUACGAGAUCACCCCCAACAGCUACUUCUCCCUGGACGUGCAGACCCAGGGGGAUGGCAACCGAUUCGCCGAGCUGGUGCUGGAGAAGCCGCUGGACCGGGAGCAGCAAGCGGUGCACCGCUACGUGCUGACCGCGGUGGACGGGGGCGGAGGAGGAGGGGGAGGCGGCGGCGAAGGAGGGGGAGGCGGCGGCGGCGGCGGCGGCGGGGGAGGGGGCCUGCCCCCCCAGCAGCAGCGCACCGGCACGGCCCUACUCACCAUCCGAGUCCUAGACUCCAACGACAACGUGCCCGCCUUCGACCAACCCGUCUACACCGUGUCCCUCCCAGAGAACUCGCCGCCGGGCACGCUGGUGAUCCAGCUCAACGCCACGGACCCGGACGAGGGCCAGAACGGCGAGGUGGUGUACUCCUUCAGCAGCCACAUCUCCCCCCGGGCGCGGGAGCUCUUCGGGCUGUCGCCGCGCACGGGCCGGCUGGAGGUGAGCGGCGAGCUGGACUACGAGGAGAGCCCGGUGUACCAGGUGUACGUGCAAGCCAAGGACCUGGGCCCCAACGCCGUGCCGGCGCACUGCAAGGUGCUGGUGCGAGUGCUGGACGCGAACGACAACGCGCCCGAGAUCAGCUUCAGCACCGUGAAGGAGGCGGUGAGCGAGGGCGCGGCGCCCGGCACGGUGGUGGCUCUGUUCAGCGUGACCGACCGCGACUCGGAGGAGAACGGGCAGGUGCAGUGCGAGCUGCUCGGCGACGUGCCGUUCCGCCUCAAGUCCUCCUUCAAGAAUUACUACACCAUCGUGACCGAGGCCCCCCUGGACCGAGAGGCGGGGGACUCCUACACCCUGACCGUGGUGGCUCGGGACCGGGGCGAGCCGCCGCUCUCCACCAGCAAGUCGAUCCAGGUGCAGGUGUCCGACGUGAACGACAACGCGCCGCGGUUCCACCAGCCGGUCUACGACGUGUACGUGACCGAGAACAACGUGCCGGGCGCCUACAUCUACGCCGUGAGCGCCACGGACCGCGACGAGGGCGCCAACGCCCAGCUCGCCUACUCGAUCCUCGAGUGCCAGAUCCAGGGCAUGAGCGUCUUCACCUACGUGUCCAUCAACUCCGAGAACGGCUACCUGUACGCCCUGCGCUCCUUCGACUACGAGCAGCUCAAGGACUUCAGCUUCCAGGUGGAGGCGCGCGACGCCGGCAGCCCCCAGGCGCUGGCUGGCAACGCCACCGUCAACAUCCUCAUCGUGGACCAGAACGACAACGCCCCGGCCAUCGUGGCGCCCCUGCCCGGGCGCAACGGGACGCCCGCGCGCGAGGUGCUGCCCCGCUCGGCGGAGCCGGGCUACCUGCUGACGCGAGUGGCCGCGGUGGACGCCGACGACGGGGAGAACGCCCGGCUCACCUACAGCCUCGUGCGGGGCAACGACAUGAACCUCUUCCGCAUGGACUGGCGCACCGGGGAGCUCCGCACCGCUCGCAGGGUGCCGGCCAAGCGCGACCCCCAGCGGCCUUACGAGCUGGUGAUCGAGGUGCGCGACCACGGGCAGCCGCCUCUGUCCUCCACCGCCACCCUGGUGGUGCAGCUGGUGGAUGGCGCUGUCGAGCCCCAGGGCGGGGGCGGGGGCGGGGGCGGGGGGCCCGGGGAGCACCCGCGCCCCAACCGCUCGGGCGGCGGCGGGGAGACCUCGCUGGACCUCACCCUCAUCCUCAUCAUCGCCCUGGGCUCGGUGUCCUUUAUCUUCCUGCUGGCCAUGAUCGUGCUGGCCGUGCGCUGCCAGAAAGAGAAGAAGCUCAACAUCUACACGUGUCUGGCCAGCGACUGCUGCCUCUGCUGCUGCUGCUGCGGCGGCGGCAACGGGGGCUCGACCUGCUGCAGCCGCCAAGCCCGGGCGCGCAAGAAGAAACUCAGCAAGUCGGACAUCAUGCUGGUGCAGAGCUCCAACGUAACCAGCAACCCGGCCCAGGUGCCCGUGGAGGAGUCCGGGGGCUUUGGCUCCCAUCACCACAGCCAGAAUUACUGCUACCAGGUCUGCCUGACCCCCGAGUCCGCCAAGACCGACCUGAUGUUCCUGAAGCCCUGCAGCCCUUCUAGGAGCACGGACGCUGAGCACAACCCCUGCGGGGCCAUCGUCACCGGCUACACCGACCAGCAGCCCGACAUCAUCUCCAACGGAAGCAUUUUGUCCAACGAGACUAAACAUCAGAGAGCAGAGCUCAGCUAUCUAGUUGACAGACCUCGCCGAGUUAACAGUUCUGCAUUCCAGGAAGCCGACAUAGUAAGCUCUAAGGACAGUGGUCAUGGAGACAGUGAACAGGGAGAUAGUGAUCACGAUGCCACCAACCGUGGCCAGUCAGCUGGUAUGGAUCUCUUCUCCAACUGCACCGAGGAGUGUAAAGCCCUGGGCCACUCGGAUCGGUGCUGGAUGCCUUCUUUUGUCCCCUCUGAUGGACGCCAGGCUGCCGAUUAUCGCAGCAACCUGCACGUCCCUGGCAUGGACUCCGUUCCAGACACCGAGGUGUUUGAAACUCCAGAGGCGCAGCCUGCGGCAGAGCGGUCCUUCUCCACCUUCGGCAAAGAGAAGGCCCUUCACAGCACUCUGGAGAGGAAGGAGCUGGACGGACUGCUGUCUAGCACACGAGCGCCUUACAAACCACCAUAUUUGAAUCAUUUCCAUCCUCUUUCUUAUUUUGCACAUUGGAAAUAACUUCAUUUAAGCAUUUGUCCAUCAUGUGAGCCUAACAAAGGAAGAUUAGCAAUUAAAAUAUAAAUAGAAUUAUUCAUUGAAAAGGAAUAUUUACUUGGGAAUUUUUCCUGUCUCAUCAAACUGAAGAUUUAUGGGCCUAAAUUCAUUAAGUUAUAAAGAUAUUGUAAAUAGUCUGGAAUAUAAAGAUUCAAUUGC